GUAGCCGGGGCGAGGGGCUCUGACGCUUUCGUCUACUCCGGGCAGUUCGGGCCGCUCAGCCUCCUACAUCUCGGGGUGCGCUCGGGCUGUCUCGGGCUUGGCGGGCUGGUUCCGGAUCCCCACGGGGCGCCCCCACAUCGGCGGGGAAGCUACGCCGGGACUGAGGACUGCAGCCGCUUGUUUUCUUCCCGCAGGCUUUGCUUGUCCAGCGUGAAUCUCAGUUGGUUCCUCCUCCCGCCGGGCUGUCCCUCCACGUGGUUAGUCCCGGAGAAGCAGAGGAGCUGGAUCGGGAGCGUCACCGGCCGGGACACGCUGGUUCCGCGAAUGGGCCGGGGAACCGGCCCUGCCCGGCAGAUGCGCGCCCUCUCCCCGGGCACAAUCCCCGCUUCUCCGUCCCCAGCCGAACCGUCUGCGGGGUUUGGGAUCUCAUGUGAGAGUGCAAGGCGACCCGAAGGGAGGACACCCGGGUGCAGACGCCGCUGGGACCUGAACUUCUCCUGUCCCGGUCUUUCCGCUGUGCACCCAGCUGGCUGACGCGCUGGUCCUGGACGGUGUCAACACUCCCCAAGGAUGUGAACGGGGCACUAGGCUCACUGACCCCGUGAGAUCCCGGGCUCCAGGUGCUGAAACCCACUCGUCCACCCUGCCCUCAACCUCCGGGCCACUCCACCUGCACAUCACCAUGACAGCCCAGAGCAGAAACACCAGCUUUACACCCAUCUUUAAUCCAUCCCAAGACCAUGGCUCCUCGCUUUCCUUCAACCUGAGCUAUGGCGAUUACGACCUACCUCUGGAUGAGGAUGAUGAGGACAUGACCAAGACCUGGACCUUCUUCGCAGCCAAGAUAGUCAUCGGGGUGGCACUGGCAGGCAUCAUGCUGGUCUGUGGCAUUGGCAACUUUAUCUUUAUUGCUGCCCUUGCCCGCUACAAGAAGCUGCGAAACCUCACCAACCUGCUUAUUGCUAACCUGGCCAUCUCCGACUUCCUAGUGGCCAUUGUCUGCUGCCCCUUUGAGAUGGACUACUACGUGGUACGAGAGCUCUCCUGGGAGCAUGGCCACAUGCUCUGCGCCUCCGUCAACUACCUACGCACUGUCUCCCUCUACGUCUCCACCAAUGCCCUGCUGGCCAUCGCUAUUGACAGGUAUCUGGCCAUUGUCCACCCCUUGAAGCCAAGGAUGAAUUACCAAACGGCCUCCUUCCUCAUCACUUUGGUCUGGAUUGUCUCCAUUCUUAUUGCCAUCCCAUCGGCCUACUUCACGACAGAAACCGUCCUCUUUACUGUCAAGAACCAGGAGAAGAUUUUCUGCGGCCAGAUCUGGCCAGUGGACCAGCAGCUCUACUAUAAGUCCUACUUUCUCUUCAUCUUUGGCCUGGAGUUUGUGGGCCCCGUGGUCACCAUGACCCUGUGCUACGCCAGGAUCUCCCGGGAGCUCUGGUUUAAGGCUGUCCCCGGCUUUCAGACCGAGCAGAUCCGCAAGCGGCUGCGCUGCCGCCGGAAGACCGUGCUGGUCCUCAUGGGCAUCCUCACCGCCUAUGUGCUGUGCUGGGCGCCCUUCUAUGGCUUCACCAUCGUGCGCGACUUCUUCCCUUCCGUGUUCGUCAAGGAGAAGCACUACCUCACCGCUUUCUAUGUGGUCGAGUGCAUUGCCAUGAGCAACAGCAUGAUCAACACCGUGUGCUUCGUGAUGGUCAAGAACAACACCAUGAAGUACUUCAAGAAGAUAAUGCUUCUCCACUGGCGUCCCUCCCGCCAUGGAAGCAAGUCCAGUGCUGACCUUGACCUCAAAAUGAGUGCAGUGCCAGCCACAGAAGAGGUGGACUGUAUCCGGCUGAAGUGAGCUGUUGGUGUUCUGGAACUGAAAACCAAGCUUCAGUACUCAGAGCGUCACACACUAUCAGCCAAGUCACAGGCUGUGUGGGAAGGAACAGCUGUGUGCACACCUUCCUGCCCUCCAGGAGCUGGAUGCUUCUCAGUCAUAACACGCAACAGUCCAGACCCCAGCCAUCACAGCCGGCAUUCAAUGAUAUCUAUUGAACACCCACUGUGUGCAUGGGCACAAUGACGCAACUAAAUCCAAAUGACAACAAGAGACACGGACCACACACCUGCGGUGAGCAGACCACACCAAUGAGAUUGCACAAGGACAAUGGGAACUGACACUUAUUGAUGACAUACUGUGUGUAGAAGCAUUGAAAAUCAAAGCAAAGGGACAGAAUCUAUCGCAAUCAUCGAGCUAUGUGUCUCGAUCUAUAAAUGGCUGCACAGAGGCCACACGUGGUUAUCUGGACUCCUCCUCUGUUCCUUCAUUCUGUAAAUUAUCAGUACAGGGCUGCAGGAUAAGGCACUGAGACACAAUAGAAAUGCAAGGACAAGCCCAUCAGUAUGGAGUCUACCACCUCAUAAGAGUUAAUGCCAACACACUGGCCUUCCCCACCCAGCUCCUACUAUCUCCUGAGAUAUUCUCUAGAGAACAGAUUUUCUUGCAACCAGGCCAGCCUUAUGUGAUUAUCUACCAUAGUGUAAUUUCAAAGGAAAAAAGCGAAACAGUUCUUCCCCCCAUACUUAGAAUCUGUUGGGUGAAGAGAGACAAUCUUGACAACACAUCCAGUUCCUGAAACUUCAAUGCCAAAGAUUUCAGGGGCUCUGAGGUCCAGAGGAAGAGACCAGAGAAAGGGAUGGAGGUUGCCACUGGUGAUGAACAUAAUCUAUGUGGUCACUUUGCUAAGACUUGGACCAUUUCCUAGAACACACCCUGUUUUAUAAAAGGAGCCCUUCUUGGAAUUCCAAGACCUGGGUUCAAGUCCUGACCCCAGGGCUCAUAGGACCUAAAUGUUUCUUUUCUGUGUCUCAGUAUGGUUUUAAUGAAAUGAGGACAAAGAGGAUAUCUCCUCUGCCUGAUGUUUACAGUACUAUCAGGAGAGCCCUUUAAGGUCAUAGUCUAUGAAUAUAAUUUUCAACUGUACGUGUGGCAAGGAUGAAUAGGUGAUAUUGAGCAGUUUGGAGGGAAUUUUCUUAGAAACCCCUUUUGUGAAGAAACAUUUCCAUUUUUUCAUCCUUGUUCUUUGGACCAGAGACCCCUGAACACUUCACAGUGACCCAUCUACACUGGGGCAAAAAAAAAAAAAAAUGGCAUCCCUGUCCCAGGAUAUCACCAAGAAAGUGGAGCACCAGACUCUCACCAUCUCUGGGUCUUGGAAAUGUUGACCGCCUUUCCAGUAUGUUGUCAUCAUCCCACCCCAGGGCUGCAUGAAUGUCACUUCUAAGUCCAUUUGUAUUAUUACACAUCGUGGUGGUUGUGGGUACGUAUCCUCAUUCCUUCCUGGUUCAUUUUGAAGCACAGACUGUACAAAUGGUACCUGAUUUGAGCUUGGCCCACCUACAUUUGCUCAACUGGUAACUUUCUGUAAAGAAGGAAUUGUUUAGCUGUCUUGCUUCUUUUAAAAAAUUAUUUGUUGGUUUGUUUCUCCACCAAUGAAGUUUCAACCAAUUGUUUUUCUAUCAUCAGCCAGCAGACUCCCCUUCAGCUUUUGCAUUGAACCUUCAGAAUAUGAAAACUCACUUUAAUAUCAGCCUGCAAAACAUGAUUUAUAAAUUCUGACUUUAUAAAAUGUCAUGAUGUAUUCAAAAGCUAAGCAGGAAAGCAUUUUAGGUUGUCUACAUUUUCAAAGAUAUAAUAAUUGUGUUUUUAUUUAUUACCUUAUCAGAAGUCAUUUUUCCCUUUUUAUCCUAAAAUGUACCAUCCCUUUUUCACUUAAAUUUAACUGAAAAAACUUGUAAAUAUCAGUGUUUUGUGAUUUUUUUCCAGUGAAUAAAAGUGUUGUGUUGUUAUGAAAUGGAAUAAGUAACAUAUAGAAUCUUAAUCACAGUGUCCACGUAUUUCCCUGCUACUCUUUCAUAUAGUGUUAGUAUAUUUAGAUAUAAGUGAAGUCAUCUGAACAGCCAUCUGAAUAGCCAUCUGAACAGCUCAGCCCUGAACAGAGAAAGAAUUUAUCCAAGGUGUUUUUAGAACAGUGGUAGCCCAGCCAAAAGCCAACGUCCUCUCUCUUUCGUCCCUCAUGCGUACCACUCAGGUGAGUAUUCUUGUGUGUGAGCAUGUGGGAACAACUGUACUGUGUCAAUGAUACUCCUUCAUUUUGGAACUGCCUUGUUUAAAUGUAAACUGCUGUUUGAGUCGAGACUAUUCAUCCCCCCAACUGGAAUUAAGAUAAUAAAUUAAUUGUGUUUGUGUUUA